GUUCGCCUGGUCGUUUACUUACAACCAAAAUGUCGAUUUUUACUCCAACAAAUCAAGUAAAACUAACAAAUGUCGCAGUGGUGAGAUUGAAGAAGGCUGGGAAGCGCUUUGAAAUCGCGUGCUAUAAAAACAAAGUGAUGUCUUGGCGGAACAAAGUGUGAGUAGCUGCUUCAGUCUUCCGCUCUUCGGUCUGGUAUUUUUUUGCUGACAUUGCAAUUAAACAGAAUGUAAAGGAAAACAUAGAAAUAUUACUAGUGGAUUUUAUUGAUCAGUUUGUAACUUUUCAACCAUAUUCUUUGACAGCGAGAAAGACAUUGAUGAAGUUCUUCAAACGCACACAGUUUUCACAAAUGUUUCAAAGGGGCAGAUGGCUAAAAAUGAGGAUUUAACUAGGGCAUUUGGAACAACCGAUCAAUCAGAGAUUUGUUUACAGGUACUUUAAAAAGCCGUUUACAAAACCUGGAUCACAUUAGACCAGAUUAACCCUGUAUUAGCUGCAACCAUAUCCUUGACCUUUGGUCAUUUAGUUAUUAUGAGUUGAAGUGGUUGAUCUGAUCCAAGUUUCGUGAUGCCUCGCCUUUUACAUAAUUUCAGCAAUAAUGCACUUAUCAAUGUUAAGCACCAAGGUGGGGGGUGGGGGGGGGAGGGGGCAGACCCAGGGGAAUUUGACAUUUUCAUGGAAGCCAGAGUCAAAUUCCCCAUCCCCAGACACAUACUGAAAGUCAAUUUCCCGCCCCUGGGGUAACUUUUUCUAUCAGAGUAAGGACUUAAUAAUAAUUGACAGGUUGGAAAGGAUAUGUCUUUUCAAACCUCACAUAGUGUUUACCGCAACACAAGAGAGGCAGUGCCAGAAAAUGUCAUCCUCUGCAGGGCGUAAUAAUGGUGGCCAGGAUGCUCUAACACAAACUUGAUGACAGUACAAGUCACAUGCGUCACACUGUAUCCACAGGACUUGUUCUUGGGCAUUAUCAGGAUACUCAAACAGAGCAAAGAAAAUAUGCAUAAUAAUUAGCUUUUGAAUGUAAUCAAGCAUCAUGUAGAACAUUCAUGAAAAUGAAAACAUGCACAAAAAGUAAUCCAGGAGAAACAGAAGGAACAAAGACUCUUCUAUUUGUAAACAUUCGAUCAUACAAUGAAAGAAGUGAUGGUUCAUAUAUACCGAAAAAUAAAACAGAUUUUCUUACCUUUCUUUCGCUCAUGUUGUGUUGAUCCUUUGAAGAAAAGCUGAGGUCAUUCCCCUCUGGUGACUUCUGGAUAUUAGCAAGACUGCAGGUCACUCAUUUCCAGUUUCUCUCGGUCUUCCAAGAUGGUGGCCAUGCCAAAAUUCCAACCCUGGGGUCCUGAGGCAACGCGUAAACGUCAAAUUCCCUACCCAGGGGAAGGCUCUCUCAGUCAAUUUCCCGUGCAUUUGCCAUUUGCCUUUUGCCACAGACACGACUCUAAAUCUCUCUACUAUUAUUGAUGAUUGGUUUUGUGUCUUUAAAGAUCCUAGCAAAGGGAGAGCUUCAAGUCUCAGAAAAGGAAAGAAGCACGCAGCUUGAAUCAAUGUUCAGAGACAUUGCUACAAUAGUGGCUGACAAAUGUGUCAACCCAGAAUCCAAAAGACCCUAUCCUGUAGGGAUAAUAGAGAGGGCAAUGAAGGAUAUACAUUAUUCAGUUAUACCAACAAGAACAACAAAACAACAGGUAAACAUGGUUUGUGCUGGUUUUUGGUUUUUAAAUUCAAGGGGUAAAUUCACGGAGUACAAAAGCACCAGUUUUUAGAGACAAUUCAGUGCAUACUGUGAUGCAUUUUCCCUGACCAAUCUUUGAAUUACUUUAUUUAGUUAGAACAGUAUUACAUGUAUUAAUUUCUCAAACGCAAUAAUUCAUCAAGAAAAUACAAAGGAAAUAAAUGUUUAAAGAGUGUUCGGAAAUCAGAUGAAAAACUGCUCAUUUUUGCAUCCUUAAUUUCUUCUAGUUGACUGAAUCUAAUGAUGGUAAUGUUUGCUCAAUGUCACGUGUCACAUCUUGACUCUAAGUUAAUUCAAGCCCCUUUAUUUUAAAUUUUUCAGGCUCUUGAAGUUAUAAAGCAGUUGAAAGAGACUAUGGAAAUAGAACGUGCUCAGAUGCGCCUGCGACUAUUUGUACCCAGCAAAGAAGCCAAGCGAAUUCAGGAAAAACUCAAACCUAACAUAUCAGUAAUUGAAUCAGAAGAUUGGCAAGGAGGGGGUUUAGAAAUGGUAAGAACAAUAAUUGGUUCAUGAGGUUAGAAUAACAAAGCUUUUAUUCUUAUUUAGCAGUAGGCUACUUCAAGAGGAAAUAAUGGGACGGACAGGGAAAAUGCCCAGUCUAGCCCUUGGGGUAUGGGAAUUUCACCAAAGUUAUUUUUAGACCAGUUAAAUGCUUUAAUUAAUGGAAAGUUGGAAGGAAGGAAGGAAGCAGUCCAUAAACUUUUAUUCAGCGUUGUCAAGAGAGAAGUCAAUGGUCACCAUUACAGACGUCCUCCAAUUUUUUCUAUGAAGCAGGCAUACAAGGACUUGAUGACAUUUCAAACAAUCAAUGAAAAUUUGCAGACAUCCUAGGAAUUAGACGUCCCUUUACAACCUCUAAAAAUAACUUAAUAAGUGAAAGUCACAUAUCCCAGCCAAUGCCCUAAGAUUCCUCUCUGUCCCAUUUUUGUUGGCUAUUUUGAAAAACACCGUAGCAUUCUUUGACGUAUAAACUCACUCUUGUGGAGGCGUGUAUGGCCAAGCGGUUAAGACGGAAUCCAAUUCUCAGUGGACAAACCCCUUGUACCAGGAUAAUUUAAAGAAUAUUGCAUUCUUUGUUACAUUUUUCAAGGCCUAAAGAUAAAAUAACACCAAAGAAAAUUUGCCAUGGGAGUACGAGAAAAUGAAUGUCAAAUUUCACAAGAAUUGUGAAAACACUGGUAAAAUUCUGAAAAUCUCAUGUGAAAGAUGUAAUUUUGUGAAACUUGACAUUCAUUUUCUCGGGCUCCCAUAAGAUGUUAAUAUUACAGGUGACUAAUAAUUACAUCAUUAGCCCUUGGAAAAUGUAAAAAAGAAUGCAAUGUGCUUUAAAUUAUUAUGGUGGUCAAUAAAAACUUGUCCACGUUGUCUAUCUAACCUCGAACUCCGGAUCUGGAGGUCCAGGGUUCAAGCGUCGCCCAUCACGUUGUUUCCUUAGACAAGGAACUUUACUCCACUUCGUCUCUCUUUGCCCAGGUGUAUAAAUGGGUAUGACAUACUGCUGGGGGGUAACCCUGCGAUGGACUAGCAUCCCAUCCAUGGGGGAGUAGCAAUACUCCUAGGCAUGCUUCAGGCUACAGAAACCAGUAUAAGCUCCGGCUGUUCGGGCCUUUGGCUUGUGUGCGCCUUUACCUGUUACCUCACCCUUGCUAGGUAGUAAUGUUGCAUGUAAAAUCAUCCAGUAUUCAAUCUAAUUUUAUAUUUUACAAUUCAAAGAAGAUAAUUAAGGAAAUUCUGGAUCAACAUAAUAUCAGAUUUUACCUAUGUAACAGUGAUUGUGUCAAUCCCCCCAGAUUAUGGAAUUAGGCAAAUUAUCAUAGAAUGGAGCUUUUCAUAAGUAUAUAAAUCCUCAAACAAAUUAAUGGGAAGUGGGCUUCUAAACCCAAUAUUUUACAGGAAUUGUAUCAUUUUUGCUGCUGUUAGCAGUACUGUGCAGAUGCAAAUUUGCUGUGAAUAUGCAUUUUAUAUUGUUGAAAAGCUCAUGCACAGAAUUGGCAGUUCAUUAUUCACUCUGGUCUGAUUGCGAAAAUUAGUUCCCACCAAACAAAAAAAAAUUGUCAACUGCCAAAAUCUUGUGUCAUAUUGUAUCGUUAUUUUAAUAUUUAUACUCACAUAUAAUUUCUUGUAUUAAUUUGUACCAUUUCUUCCAUAUUUUUCUAUAUUUUAUAUUUCAAGCCCUGAGUUGUAUGGUUAAACAUUUUUCCCACACCUAAAAUUUUGUUGUUGUCGGAUUUCUCUCUAGGUUUGUCUCAUUGAUCCAGGUUGCUACAGAGUUAUUGAUGAAACACUUAGAGCUGAAACACGUGGAAGAGGAACAUUGGAAAUGAUCAGUUUAAAGGAUAUUGAGGAAGGGGAUGAAAGACUUGAAUAACAAAUCAUACUCAUUGUAGACCAAAGUCUUUUUCAAAGUUUAAAUUUUAUUAUUUUAGAGGCCAGUUAAAUGUUGAGAACAAAGGUUGUAAAAAAGUGUACAUUAAAUAUGGUCAGCAAAGCAAAAAAGUGAUAUUUAACAACAGUGUCAUUCAUAUUUCAAACCCUCAGAAAACUGACACAUUCUACAGUUUACUAUUGUUGACCAUAC